GUUGCUUAAAGAUGCGUAUUCCUGUUGAUCAGUGUAACUAGAAGAUAAAUUUUGAGUAGUCAAAGCCAAAGAUCUUCUCUUCGACUAUUUUAUGCUUAUCUUGCCUUGUUGCAUGUAUUGUGUUCAAAUUUAGCAAGUCAAGCGAAUGAAUAGGUGAUUGACAUGAAGGAACAGAAGAAGUCAUUCUAAACAUCAAGAACAUCUUACCUCUAGGAGCAAUUAGACCUCUGGGCAUGAAUUGAACUGUGUCACCGGGAAGUCUGCACUAGGUUCAUUUGUACCUUGCUUUUUCCAAAAACCUAAAGAAUGGUAGUUUGAAUAUAAAUUGUGCUGUGGAAGGGUAGAAAGGUACCAAAAAAUUCAUAGGAAGAGAUGCCUUGAUACUUGGCCAUUCAUCAAUAUCUCUUUUGUGUUCACGACAAAUUCUGAUGCCUGCCUGUCAAUGAUCUAAGUUGAAACGCUCUGAUUAUUAAACUUGUUUUCAGUAAACCUAUUAAAGAUGAUGUUUACUAGAUUUCAGCGGAGAAUGGAAGAACUUGUGAUCAGAUCCACAUGGAAAUUCGGUUGGUUGAUUGGUCUGAUUUUUAUCCGACAACAAUAGGAUUUUCUGCUACCGUAACUAGAAGAAUUAGACAUCACAAAGCUUUUUCAUUGAGAAGCAUCUAAAAGUAGAUAAUGCGAACCCAGGGGAAGAUGAAAAAGAAAAAUAUGAAAGGUGUCCCAGUAAGAGGUUGCUAAUGCAGCUAAUGAUAUUUCGCACUCUCCUUGUAAAACAGUUUGCAACUUAUUACAUUUGAAUUGAAAUAUUUUACUGCAAUGGUGAGUCUAAAUCAUCCCAUUUUGCACUUUCUAGAUUUUGUCAGUCAACAACUUUUGGGUUCAUUUUAAGGUGCUGUCACACAGGGGAUUGUAGACAAUUUUUUUCAUCACAUAACAUAGGGCUCUAUCAAGUUUAUAGAAGGGUUUCCAGUCCACUGCCCAACCUAGCUAAUGUUGCCCUGAAGAGUACCAUCUCACUAAAUCUGACCCGUAGACCACAAUAAAGGAAGAGGAAAGAGACCAAAGUAACGAGAUAACAAAAACCAUUAGACAUACUAGACUCAGUGAAAUGAUCAAAUUGGCCUCGGCUAUGAGGCCAGCUGCUUGUCCGAGUAGAUCUGAGUGGAUCAUUUAAUCUUGAUACCAUAGCCUUUAUUCAUAAGACUAAUUGUAAUCUGAUCUAAUUAAAUUAUUCACUAAAUAUUUGUACCAUCGGCCACAACCAAUUUUGCACACUGCUAGAUGAAAAUUUUCUCUUGUAGGUGGUUAACAUUGGACUCAUUGUUCAACAUUUUGUCUCUGUCAACUCAGUCUUAAAAGUUUGCUUUAUUACAAUAGCAAGAGACUUCCUUGAAUAUUUGGAUUGGGUUUUUGAAGCUAUGAAGACCAUCAUCAUCAACUAUGAACCGAAGCCAAUAUUUGGGACCUUAAAAUUGAUUUAGUUGUCAUGUUUGAGCUAGUACUUGGAUUAGGAAUUAUAUAUGGAAGUGUAAAGUUAUUUGGCCAAUAUAAUUAUAUCAUAUCCACUAUGUAGAUGGCUAUCUCUCAUCCCUCAUUUGACUGUUACACUGAAGGGGAGGAUGGUGCAAUAUGAUUUUUUUUCAAGUCAAUUUCUUACUGUAGCAUGGUUUUUAAAACUGGGACUUGUUUAAGUCAUAUGCUGCUGUCCUUUGGAUGUAAAGAAUCCGAUAUGUCCACAGAGUAGAUAUUAGCUAUUUGAUUAAGAUUCAAAAAGUUCCUAUUAUUAUACAUGGACAACCUAUGGGAAGAUGUGAAGUCUAAAUUUGCUUCUCUAUCAAGAGUAACUACUUGAUUAGGCCUUAAAAGGAAGCCUGAAAUUUGUGGACGAUGUUCUUCGUCCUUCUUGUGUUUUCAAUUGAAGGGAAGCAUGGGCAAUCUUAGUCACUAAAAUGUUUAAUCGAAAAAGAAAAUUUGAAAUAAGUUGUGAUCCUUUUUCCCACCAGAGAAAAUGGCCCCAAAGAUGAUUGCUUUUGGAAAUAUCCUUGACGGUAAGGGGAGCAAGGAUUGAGGGAAGGUGGAGGAUUCAAGUGGUAAGAAGGGAACAUAAUAUUUUUUAUCCUUCAAAGUUGAAACAGUCACUACUCUUUUUAAUUGCUCAUUUUUGGUUGAAAGAGAAUCAUUACUUGACCAAUUCUUUUAAUGUUAGGUUAUUUUUUACCACUUCUCUGUUGCUUUGAUUGGACCGGAACUCUUGGGUGGUACAUGAGAGGUCUUUCUACUUGUGGGUGCUAAAACUCUUUACAUAUGACCAACUCCAGAGCCGUCUCUUGCACUGGCUUGCUGUUUUAUCUUUUGGCUUUUCCAAGUAGAAUAUUAUGAUCGAUGAUCAAGAUUUGGGAUUUUUUGCUAAUUUUCUUGGCAUAUUUAUACUUGUUUUGGUAAUUGCGUAUCAUUAUGUGAUGGCCGACCCAAAGUAGGAAGAAACUCAAGCUCGGGAUAGUAGUCUUGUAGAAAGCAAGUAGAACUUACCGGGGGACUAACAUCUAAAUGACGGUCAUCUGUGUUUAUAUUGAUAUGGAUGUAAUACUUUUGAUCCAGGAUCUAGUUAGAAUUUCACAUUUUCUUCAUAAUUGAGGACUUUUGGUAGUAUACUUACUUGAUGAGUAUAUUUCCUCGAUAA